UCUGCACUUUCCCAAGCGUCGGCGAAGGUGCGCUCCCGUCACUUUUCCCUUGACACAUCUCGACUCUUAGGGCCCGGGGGAGAGCGAAUCGCCAACGAAGAGUGCGACGAGGCCUCAAGAUGUGGUCGGACCAGGAUUUAGUCGAGGUUUUAAGGAGCAGUGUGCCGUAUUACCUGGUGGUAGCGCUGCCCCUCCUGAUCCUCCUGUCGCCCGUGCCGGUCGACGCCGCCGCCGAGUUCACUGUGUAUCGGCUCCAGCAGUAUGAUCUCCACGGCACGCCACACGGUAGUCGCAGCAGUUUGAUAAAUGUAGAAGCUCGAACCCUAGAUGCUACAUCAGUGGCACGGAGAUGUGUCCUAGUUCGGCUGUCAGAGCUAACCCCAGAGAACUACCAUUGGCUAGUUGGACAGGGAGCGGCAGCCCUACUGGUGUUGCUUCCAUCAAAUCUGACAUCCCUGUCUCCUGAACAACGCAAGCUUGUUCAUGAGGUAGAAACAGCCAUGCUAGAGAGUGAUACUCAGCUGGGGGUGUAUUUAGCCUACGAGACGCAAGAGCUUUUGGACAUAUAUGUGUCUGUGCGAACAGCAACAAACACAGACUCAGCAACUUCUGCUGCUGCUGCCCUUUUGCGGUCACUGUCUUCAGAUGGAUAUCAGAUAGUAGUUGGUGGUAGUCAGUCAAAACUAAUGUCGGACAUGUCAAUAGCAAAUAUCCAAGGGAAACUAAGUGGCUAUGGUGUGGAGGAACAGCUGCCAACAGUAGCAGUUGUGGCUCACUAUGAUGCAUUUGGAGCUGCACCAGAGUUGUCUUGGGGAAGUGACAGCAAUGGCUCUGGGGUAGUAAUUCUCCUAGAGUUAGCGCGCAUUCUCUCCCGCCUAUACGCCUCACCUCGCACCCAUCCUCGCCUUAACAUAGCCUUCCUACUCUCUGGAGGUGGCUACAUUAACUACCAGGGCUCAAAGAGAUUCCUAGAAGAUCACUUAGAUGCCUCUGAUUCCCCUCUCCUCUCUGAAACCCAUUACACUAUGUGUCUUGAUUCACUCGGUGCUGGAGACAACAUUAGGAUGCAUGUUUCCAAGAAACCAAAAGAGAAUUCUCCAGCACAUAUUUUCUUCCAGGGUCUUGAAGAAAUUGGUACAAAAUCAGGUAUUAAGGUGGAAAUGGUCCACAGGAAAAUCAACCUCCAGGAAGAUACUCAAGCCUGGGAGCAUGAGAAGUACAGCAUGCGUAGAUUGCCUGCUUUCACUGUUUCUAGGCUGCCAGUAAGUAAAAAACAUCCAAAAACUGGUGAACGGGGCAGCAUCCUUGACACGCCAGACAGUAUUGAUGUAGAUGGCCUUACUCGCAACACAGCUGUGAUUGCAACUUCUCUUCUUCAACACAUUUAUAACACAUCAGUUGAGGAAAUAUUUUCUGAGGGUUUGGAUGUUACAAGAGAGAGUGUGCAGUCUUGGUUGGACUUGUUGAGCUCCCAGCCAAGAUCUCCACAGCUACUUUCAGGGAAGAAUAACCCACUAGUCUCUACUCUUCACCAAGUACUGUCCAGAUAUACCAAUGAAGCUCGUGUAACCUAUGUAAAGGCAGACAAGAGGGAUCCUGAGUGGGCUUUCUACGACGUAACCAAAACCACCAUGGCUGCCUACGCUGUCAAACCUGCUGCCUUUGAUUUCCUCCUUACCUUGGCCAUUCUAAGUUACUUGGGAGUGAUUUAUGUGUUCCUACAGUACUUCCCGAAGAUCUAUGUCAUGAUGGCCAGAAUCACCUCUCCACGCAAAUCUAAGGUUCAUUAAUAAGAUUUUGUUGUAAAAUAUGUUGUUAGUGUCUUUAUGCAUUGACUUAAUGCAAUACAAUGGACUGUAUGUAUGUAUAUCUUAUGUUUAUCUGUGUUUGAUUUUUCUACAAAAUUUGUCUGAUGUUUGAGAGAGAUCUUCUCCCUCAGUUUAUACAUGAAAUUUUCUAAAAUUUUUGUUUUUGUAUUAAGGAGCCUUGUUUUGAAACAGACUUGUUAUUUUUAGAAAUUGAUUGUUUUAAGUUUUAAUUUUAUCCAGUUUGAUGUAUGGAAAAGCUUGUCGUGUUGGUGGGCGCUUGGCUUGGGCCAGCUAAUGCUUUUCUGCCAGGAAUCAAAUGGUUAUUUGUUAACUCAGUGUAUUUUGGGAUGGCCCUGGGUUGUAAUUAGGGGCAAAUCCUUUUUCAAGAAGAAUGGAAAUAAAAAGACAUACAAUUAAUAAUGAUGCCAAAUAUAAAAGGGAAGAUGUUUAAGAAGAAACAGGAAUGUAAAAAGCUGAUACAUUUCAUUAGCUAAAGUGAUAGUUGAAUGACAAAAAGCAUACUUCAGAUUUGAUCAUUACAUUAUUGUAGAUGGAAUUGAUCUUGUUUUUGCAUCUUGAUUCCAGUGAUAUUUGCUUCGUAAAAGAUUGUCACAAGAUGCAUUUUACAUAUAUUAUGUAGAGUAUACCAUUGUCAGUAUGAGUCAUUUUUAUACAAGCAUGAUGUGAUAUGUCAUUGUUGCCAACUUUAGUGUUAAAGGAAGGAAUGUACAUGCCAUCAUAAGGGAAACCAAAUUUCCAAAUUGCAAUGUGCUAUAUUUCAAGUAUUAAGUAAGAAGGCUGUCUUUAUGCAUUCUAAAGUUAAAGAAUGAAAGCAAUUUCAGGCAAAGGACUACAUGAUUUUGAUACUUAAUCAUUUAGUGAGAUGAAUGUGGGAUGUAAAAUUAAGCUUUUGUAAGCUUCUGGGUUUCAUCAUUGCAAGGGAGUAGCCUUGAGUUGGAUGGAUUGUUUCUACUUUUUUAUUCCUGUGAAUAUAUAUAUAUAUAUGAUGUAUAUAUAUAUAAUGUAUAUAUAUAUAUAAUGUGUAUAUAUAUAUAAUGUAUAUAUAUAUAAUUAUUUAUAUAUAUAUAUAUAUAUUGUAACUCUGAAUGGUGUUUGUAUAAUGAGAAAUGUGUGUGUGUGUGUGUGUGUGUGUGUGUGUGUGUGUGUGUGUGUGUGUGUGUGUGUGUGUGUGUGUGAGAAGUACCUCAAGAAUGUUAAAAAUCAUGUUUUACAGUGCUUUUAUUGGACAUUUUUUUGGAUAUCAUUUUCGCCAUAGUAUUAAAAUUCAUCCAACUUUUUAUAUGAUAUGUGAGAGCUCCUGCAGUUGUUGGAAAGGAUGCACAUAAAAUAUUUUGAUUUAUUAAGAACUUGUGGCAGUGUCUGUAACAUUGAAAUCUAAAGGUCCAUUUUUUGCCUUAUCAGCAUUCUUGCAAGUUAGUGACGAUAGUGAAUAAAAAAAAAGAAAAAACAAAUGAAUACAUUUACUAGAUACUCAUCUUGAGGAAUGUGUGUACAAACUCACACAUGUGUGUCUGUGUGGGUGUACGUAAGCAUGUGCGUGUGUCCGUGUGUAUGUGUGUGUGUAUGCGCGCACGUGUGCGUGCUUGCAUGUGCGCAGUUACACCUGUACUUUUAUCUGCAGUCAGCGUACAAAUUACAUUAUUCUCCUUGGUGUUUCAGUGCUAGUGAAUGUAAUUUUGAAACAUAUUUUUCAUCUGAAAAUGCUUCUCAAUGAUACAGAAGUUGAGGCCUUAUAAGCAUAGUUUGUAAUUGGGUUACUUUUCAAUUAAUUUUUUUUUUUUUCUUUGAUCAUACUGUAUUGAGUUGUAUUAAAAUUUCAAUGCAAAGAAAGAUCUUGCAAUCAUGAUGGAACUUUGUGGCCAUCUUUCUGUAUUUUUUUGUAUAUGUUGUUUGUCAGUACUCCUGUUGAGAUAAGCCUUUGUUUUAAAUAGACUAAUCUUGCAUUUUUUUUUUUUUUUGAAAGAUUUUGUUUGUUAAUUCAUUAUAGUAGCAAUAAAGACAAAUAAUAUAUUACCAGAUUGCAUUAUCUGUUGGGAAUGUAUUAAUUUUUGGAAUGUAUUCCCUUUGUUCUGUAUAAAUAAAAGUUUCUCAAGGAUUUGUUUAUCUGA